AUGCGGAAGUCCUUGUUUCCGACGGUCCCGAAAGCCGUGGAUGUUUAAACUCUUUUUGAAAGCAAAAUAUCGACAGAAUUGACUAUUAAUCGAGUCAAUUUAACGCUCAAUCGCUCACUAAAUGUCUUGGAUGCUGUUCUGUGAUCUGUGUGUAAGCACUUUAUAAAGAUCAUCAUGAGUCUUGUUGCUGAAGAUAGUGAUUCUGAUGUGGAUCGGAAUAGGAUGGACCGGCCACCUAGCAGUUAUGGCUCCAUGCACAGCGAUGAUCAAGAUGAGGAGCUGGACUACAUUGAAGACUCUGAACCACCACCUGCAAGGGUCAGGCUUCAGCGGCCCGAUUCACCAGAGACUGCCAUUACUGAACGCACACACACACACCAGUCCAGCAUACACCACAGUGGUGGAGUUUACCUCACACGACAGUCCAUUACGCAAGAAGAAUUCCGCUCUCCUGCCCCUCCUACCAGAGAGCCCACGAUCCUGGAUCAAUCUGAGCUGCAGAGCGAAAUUCGGACAGAAGCAGAGAUGGAUGAAGAACCGAAUGACAGAGAGAUGGAUUUUCAGGAUCAACAGAACGAAGGCUCUGCAAUGGAGGUGCAGGAGGAGCAGGCGGAGGCUACAACAGUUGAAGAUUUUGAUGAAAUUGUUGAGUACUCUGAUGAACAGAGGGAUCCUCCUCCUCGUCCACCAGAGGGCGCGGGUCUGCACUUUCAACAUACACACACCGCCUUCACCCUGCGCCAUGUGCUGAUGGCCAUGGUGAGAAGUCUCUCUCAGCUUCACCCGUCAGAUAUGGGCUAUUAUAAGCGCAGUCUGAGCACUCACUGCAGAUUCAAGAAGAACUACGCCACGAUCAAGGAUCUGCAGGACCCGCUGGAUGUGGCCGAUAAGAUGAUCGAGAUCUGCGGACAGGGGGAAGCUCUGUAUCUCACUGUACGAAACCUCCAGAGCAUCGGCAGAGACGAUCUGGCUGUAAUCCUGAGAAAGACCUGUAGAAGAGUCUUACUACAACAUGACCUGAAAAUUGCCCACGACAGACGCUAUUACUCUCUUUAUGAAGGCCGCUGUCGUCCGGGUCAGCAGCGCUACAUUAGCGACGUCUACGUUGAACCGGUAACCGUAAUCCGAGGCCGAAGAGAUGUCGUAAACCCUGAGAACGAGGUCCGAAAGAUACCGUACACAAUCGAGGAGACCGCAAUCAGACCCGCCGACAUCUUCUGCCCCCUCCCUCAAGACCAAAAACCAGUCCGUACCGUCAUAAUGACAGGAGUCCCCGCCUGCGGUCUAACGGUGGCAAUCAGCAAGUUCAUUAUCGAUUGGAUGGAGGAAAAAACCAAUCGAGACUUUCAAUUCAUCUUCCCGCUGCCUGCAAAAGAUCUGAACUUCGGAAAGGAUAAAGAUCGGAGCUUCCUAGAGGUUAUCUCCUACUUUUACGGAGAAGCCGAAAACAUUAAAUUCCUUGAGAAGGAAGACUGUUUGUGUCUCUUCAUUAUCGACUCUUUAGAGAUGUGUCAGCAUCCGCUGGACUUCAAAAAUAACAAAACUAUAACAAGCGCUAGAGAGCCAGCAAAGUUUGACGUUCUUCUCACCAACUUAAUCAAAGGCACGUUGCUUCCUCAUUGCAAAGUUUGGAUUACUAGCCAUGUCACUGACACCUAUCGAAUCCCUUCAAAUUUAGUCGACAGGUAUGUUGAGUUACGAGGAUGGACCGAUGAUAAAAAGGAAGAGUUCUUCACUAAGAGGACCCCCGAGCCGGAACUCGGGCGAAAAGUUUACAACCACAUGAAACGCUCCAAAGCCCUGGAGAUCAUCUGCCAUCUUCCUCUGUUCAGCUGGAUGGUGGCGUAUAUCUACGAACGAGCAUUUCGGGAUCCUGAAUUUGGCAAACAUCCACCUGGGAUUACGGCGUUUUAUUCACAGUACAUCGUGGUUCAGAUGAACCGCUCGUUCGAGAAAUAUCGCGGAUGCAACGUGGAUGCGCAAAAGUGGACUGACUUUGACAAGAACUUCACGGAGCUGAUGGGAAAGAUGGCGUAUCGGAUGAUUCAAGAAGCACGGGAUUAUUUUACGGUGGACGAUUUGCAAGCUGUUGGUCUGAAAUACGAUGAUUUGAAAUGUCGAGAUGGAUUGACCACUGAGGUCAAGCGAGAAAGUGCCGACGUCAGAACGUGGGUUUUCAAGUUUGUCCACGUCACCGUCCAGGAGUACAUCGCUGCUAUGUAUGUAUACGUGGCGUACAGGAAAAACGGGAAGAAUGUGAUCGAACCGAACAAGAUGACGUCUUGGUUGCCGGGUUCAAAUAAGGAUCGUUCUGUCAUCGACUUGUACCGUCCUGCGAUCGACCGUGCGCUGGCUUCCCCAAAUGGACAGUGGGACAUGUUUCUGCGCUUCCUGAUUGGAUUGGUGACUCCGGGAACCGAGGAGAACCUGCAUGGAUACCAGCUCAAUCACUACCAUCCCAAAGCCAAAGGCACGGAGGAUGUUGUCAAAUACAUCAAGAAGAAGAUGAAAGACAGCCUGAACCCGGACCGCUACAAAAACCUGGAGCUGUGUCUGGUGGAGCUGGAGGAAGGCAAAGAGGAGGUCAGGAGAUGAGGAGAAACAGCAGCGACUGUGAAACACUAAACUAAAGUCAGUCAUGCAGAAUGGAAAAGUUGAAGGAGUUCUUCAACAAACGAUGAAUUUUCUAUUGUUCUUUAGAGUGCAUGGUUGGUCCAUGAUGCUUUGAUUAAAGGAGAUGGCUUUGAAAUAGUUUUA